CAUUGCCCCGUGGUGUCAUGGCGGCCAUGUUUCCCACCCAUCCUGGUCGGUGUGCUUGUGUUCGAUGUGUAACUUUCAGAAUCGGGAGUGUGUAUAUAUGUAACGUUAUGGGUUUUCGUGGUCGAGGAAAAGGCAUGUGUCAUGCAAUAUAUUCUCACCAAUGUAACCUCUUAAAACAUAACUUUUAAAUAUUACGAGUAUAAAGCUAUAUAUGGGAGGACCAAAGAAGACAAAGAAAGACGACAAUAGCAAGAAAUGGAAGAAGCGUAAAAGAGAUGAUGAAGACUAUAUAUAUGCGGAAGAAGAACCGGUGGAUGGGGGGGAUGGAGAGGGAGUUCCUAGUGCUGCCAAGAAGAACAUUGAAUCAGAAGAUCAAGGUGUUGCUGAAGAUGAGUAUGGAGCCAAAGAUUAUCGGUUGCAAAUGAUUCUGAAGACCGACCAUGAGUCACGGCCAUUGUGGGUGGCUCCUAAUGGACAUAUUUUCUUGGAGUCAUUUUCUCCAGUGUAUAAACAUGCUCAUGACUUUCUGAUAGCAAUAUCAGAACCUGUAUGUCGCCCAGAACACAUUCAUGAAGUAAGAACUUCAUUAAUUUCAUUACUGCAUCGUUUUCGCUGUCUCUUUGAGUGGUGGACACAGUUGAUCCAUUAUAAUUACAGUAGAUUCAUGAUUGUUCAGUAGCAGAUUAUCUGGGGCUUUGUGUAGAAAAUUGACUGAUGUGUCCAAUAUCAAAAGGUAAACUUGAUUUUUACACAGAGAAAUGGCACAGGAGCUUCACAGAAACGCACUUCUAUCAAUGGUACUGACUACUUACUUAGGCCAUGACAUAGCUCAAGCAGUUAGUCACUGGCUUCCCACUGCUGUGGCCCAGG